ACGAUAUCUGAUUGCUAGCGCCAUCGACCCUGAGCGUUGGAAAAAGCUUGCUGGAAGGAGGUCUUCUUGGCGGUCUACCAUCCAUAACGGUGGCAAAACAUUUGAAAAUAACCGUCUCACUAGCCUAGACAUAAAACGCCAGUUACGGAUAGAGAAGUGUUAAGAAACGUCGGUAGAAGUUAGACGUUAAAAAUAUCACUUGCUCAGUCUGUGAUUUUAAUAAUCUCUGCUAACUUAACUUGGUCUGACUCUAGCGAACUGUCUCGGUAAACGAUAGAAAACCUAUUUACUCGUACUCGUUGUGUCUUGUUAACACGCCCUUUCCGAAAUCAUUACAUUAAAAAUUCAACCUUUACUCUAGUAUGUAACAUAACAAAACGUAUAAUUAAACGUUGUAAGGUGAAAAAAUGUUUUUAAAAACAUAACACAAUGAAACCAUUCCUGUGUGUUAUUGUAAAAAAACGAAAAGAUAGCUUCGUAAAUGUUGUUACCAGUCAUUAUAGUUUCAGCGACCCAAUGAAACGAUUCCAUUUAAAGAUGUUUACGCGUCUCAAAAAAUAUUUCACAUAUAAUUAUGAUCGAAACAUUGUUGAGCUAUUUAAGCCACUUUACAUCUUGCUUUCAAUAACGGGAUUAUUUCCCUACACCAUUGAAUUCCCGAAAGGAAGACACGACACCAGAAUAAUACGCAAGUCACUGGUCCCACAUUCCUUGGGAGCAAUUUUAUUCAUGGCCUUUCUUUCGUUCUACUUUACUCAAAAGAUACACAUUUUGAUGAACACGACCGCCGUGAGCUCUGUGACGAAUGUUACUAAUAUUAUGGAGAUGACAGUGGCUCUUCUAUGUGUAAUCGUUAUUUAUUUUUCUGCAUUCCGAAACGCUAAUGCAUACGUACAGAUUCUUCAAAACAUAGCUUCUUGCUGGGCUGAAAUGUGUCAUGUGAAUGUGACUCCUAUAUUGGUAUUCCUACGCAAAUUAUACACCUAUCCAGCUAUAGUUUGGGUUGUGAUAUUUUCAUGUGUACAAAUUACUCUAUGUGUCGUUGGCACUCAGAAAGUAUACAAUCAACUCAUAUUCUUCACGGUGCCCGACGCCAUACCCAGCCUAAUAGUCGCAUUUUAUACCUCCAUAAUCUUAUUGGUAGUUUGUCUGUUGAAAAAUAUAGAAGAGCAUUGUCAAAUUAUUGUCAAAGACAAGCGAGGUAGAAUUUUCGCCACAGAUUGUUCUGAAAUAUAUGUCCGAACAGUGACCUCAGGCAGGUCGGGUAAAGAUUGCGUUCGCCUUGAGAAUUUAGAGCAAGUUUACGUAAAGGUGUUGGAGGUAAAACAGGACAUCAACAACGCGUUCCAAGCGCCGAUAUCGCUGAUCAUAAUCCAAUGUUUCCACGGUAUCUUAAGCGAUGCGCACACACUCUACAGUCAAAUCGUAGUGAACAUGCGCUUUGAUGCCCAUCUGCUAAUAGAGCAGACCUUCUUGGUGUUACAUUAUUUGGCAAAAAUAUAUGCCUUGACGUUCACGGGAUCUAUGUUGAAGGAUGAGGCAAGUAUGAACUCGCUAUGUUUUUAUAUUUAUUUCUUUCAGGCUGCCAAGAUCGGUCGAACAUUGCAUAAUAUCCCAACGGCAAAUCAGGAUAAUCGGUUAUUAAUGGAGGUGCAGCACUUUGCCACCCUGAUGUCGUUCCAUAAACCUGUAGUAACGGUUUAUGACUACUUCUCUUUGGACGCCACUUUGUUAUUCAGCGUAAGUGUUCGAUAACCAUUUUACAUCAAUUAUUAUUUAUUUAUUUCGCCCUCGGAAUACCCAACUGGCGUGAAGUGGCGCCGGAUAGGGCAGAGUGGCGCUCUCUUGUGUCAGAGGCCAAGAUCCUGUUUGGGUCAUUGAGCCAGUGAAAUAAGUAAGUAAGUAAGUAUUUAUUUAAUCUUUAUUGCACAAAACAUGAAGGUACAAAUGGCGGACGUAAUGCCUUAAGGCAUUCUCUACCAGUCAACCAAUGGGUUAAACCAGAAAGAUUAAGUAGGUACAGUGUCUUUUAAGAUAAAUAAAUUUGUAACUAUAUAUGAAUAUAAAGUAUAUAUUGAUAAACUUACACAUAUACUAAUACAAAUAAACAUACAUAUAUUGAUACAUACAUAAUUAUACCAAGUGUGAAUCAUUAAGUUGAUGAGGAAGAAUGUUUGUCAAGGAAAUACUUGCGCAACAUGCGCUUGAAUGUGAAUUUGGUCUGCGCUUGUCUGAUAGAGAGUGGGAGAACGUUCCAAAGUCUGAUUGCCUGGACAGUCAAAGAAUUGGACAUGAAACCCGUAAACAAUUAUGUACACGUGGCUUACAAUUCACUCAGCUGGCUGAUUAAAAUCUGGUGAUUUUAUAUAUCAGUGGUUCUUAAGCGUUCAG